AUGUACAGCGGUCACUCCCUCACCUGCUCGCAUGGCCUCCAGGUGAGUCUGGUGGCCAGGGCAAUCACCUUCACAGAUGUGGCGCUGGAGCCCCCUCGUGAGCCCACGCCCAAGGAGUAUGAAACCCUCCAGGGCAAGCUCGGGUACACCUUUAAGAACCGGUACCUGCUGCGCCUGAGCCUGACGCAGCAGUGCGCCGCAGCCGCCACCAACAACCGGAUCCUGGCGUGGCUGGGCGACGCGGUGCUGCAGCUGGUGCUGACAGAGCAGGUGCUGGGGGCGGUGCAGGGCAGCCUGACCGCCACGCCCCUGGGUGUGCUGGACCGGCUGCGUGCCACCCUGGUUUCGCGCGCCGCCUUCCAGCAGUCGGCGCGGCAGGUAGACCUGGCGUCCUACGUCAUCAUGUCGCGGAACACGCGAGACACGGGCGGGCCCUCGCCAAACAUGCUGGCGGAGACCUUUGAGGCGGUGAUCGCGGCAGUGUACAUGGAUGGCGGUCUGCCGGCAGUGGUGGGCGUGCUGGAGAAGACCUUUCCCGUCUCCCCAGACCACCUAGACCUGCUCAAGAACGCCGCAACCGUUGCCCUCCCCGUUUCCAGCGAGUCCAAGGUCCUGCUGCCUCGGCCAAUGGAUCCGGCGGGCGACCCUGCCAAUGUGCAGCAGGGGCACGAGCCCGGCGUUGCCUAG